UGAAAGUCAGGCAGGUAAAAAUUGCAAAAUUUUAGGAACAUACUUCAGUGUAUACCUACAUAAACUUUGAAGAGAGAAGUUCAAAAUAUAUCGUUGGCAGUGUACCACUUCAGAAUCCUAAGAAGUUCUUCUUGUCAAUAUGAAAGAGACUGUGGGAAUCUCAACGAUGUCUAAUUGGGACAAUUUUAUUUUACCGUCAAAGAUAGCACUAUCUACAGAUCAAAAACUGAAGCAGUUGAAUAAAGGACAAUUACAAAUUUUGGUGCCUGUGGGCAAUUUACUCCGAAAUAAUGAGGGUGUCCAGGAGCGUUUGGCAGAAGUGAGAUUCUAUGCGACCAGUGACUCGGGAAAACUUAAGAAUUCAUCGGUAUUUCUAAAAGAAAAACUGGAAAAGGCACUGUACAUGAAGGAACUUUUGGAGAAAACGGUUCAAGGAACCCAUGAUAGAGACCGAUUACGAAUGGAAAUAGCGGAUUUGUGUAGGAAGCAAAGAAAAAAGGUCAAUUUAAGACAUCAGGAUUUUGUACAAACCACGUCCCCUCUUGCUGUGCAUAAAAAUGAUUUUCGAAAUCGUGGAUUAAAGAGGGGACGAGAUGAAUGACAAUAAAACUGAUGACAUGUUUAAUAUACAAAUGCAAAGGACUUAGGGAGAUGAU